AUGAACAAUUCUUUAGCAGACUGCAAGCAGUAGCUCUGUCGAAGUUUUGAAAAUCUAAACGUGUUGGUCAGGCAAAAGAGGCUAAUAGGGUUUAAUAGUUCGUACACAAAGUAAAGUUUAACUUUGUUUUGAUAAAUUAUAUAUUUUUUUGUUACAUCUUUCAAUUUCUUAUAAUAAAUGUUGUUAUAUAUGGCAAAACACGUCAAUAACACCAAAUUUAACGGUUUUUAACCAUUUUUUAAAAAAUCUGACCCGGAGCCGGAGCGGACUAAAAUAAGGGCUCCGGAGCCCGGAGCCGGAGCCCAAUUUGAAAAAAGGUCGGAGCCGGAGCUUGAGCCAAAAAUUUCAAAAAUGCAAACACUGUUAAAGACUAUGCAAAAAGUUACUGUACUUUUACUGUUACUAUUUGUAGACUUGUUUUACUGUAGUAUAAUUGGAAAUCCUUGUUGUAAUCCAGGUUGUUGUUGUUCUGGCUGUAGUCAAUGUGAUCGGGGAUCAAGUUAUGUUAGGUAAUAACAUGUUAUAGUAGAUCUUUUAAGCUUAGCUUUAUUGUUUAGGAUUGGCUUUAUCUUUUUAAACUUAGCUUUUCAAUAUCUUACAGUAACUUAAAAAACAAAUAUUCAUACAAAAUCUUACAGUAAUUUUCUUACAGUACCUGCCCAUGUGAACUCAACGUCUGUGCACGAUACAAAGUCAGCACUAUAUAUGAGCCUGUUGAUACCUAUUCUCAGUACAUCCAACCCUCUGGAAACAGCUACGUUCAGCCCAUACCUAUACCAUCAGGUGGGGGUGGAUAUGCUCAGCCCAUACCUAUACCAUCGGGUGGUAGUAGUUAUGCCCAACCAAUACCUAUACCACCAGGUGGGGGUGGAUAUGCUCAGCCCAUACCUAUACCAUCGGGUGGAGGUGGGUAUGCUCAGCCCAUACCGCCGGGUGGAGGUGAAUACGCUCGACCGUUUGGUAGUGGAGGAGUGUUCCUAAUACCUUCAGCAAAAGCAAUCAAAAGUGGUUGA